AUGGCUAAGUUGAUAUGUAAGAGGUUGGCUGUUGUUCUGCCAGUGAUUGUUCAAUCCAAUCAAGGUGCUUUCAUUCAAGGUCGAUCUAUUGCUCACAAUAUCAUGAUUUGUCAAGACCUUAUUAAAAAUUAUGGGAGAGUUUCCACUUCUUCGAGAUGCGCCAUAAAGAUAGAUUUGAGCAAGGCUUACGAUACCGUAGAUUGGUUGUUUCUUGAAGGCUUGUUAAAAGCAUUAAAAUUCCCCAUGAAGUUCAUAGGCUGGGUUAUGUCUUGUGUUAGGAAUACCACCUAUUUUCUAGUGAUGAAUGGCAGAAUUCAAGGCAAAUUUAGAGGGGGGAAGGGGUUGAGACAAGGUGAUCCUAUGUCACCCCUUUUAUUUGUGCUCAUCAUGGAGUAUUUGACUAGAAGUCUUCAACAUGCAGUGCUUAACUCCCUUUUUUGUUUUCAUCCAAUGUGCAAGAGUCUAAAGCUCAUUAAUUUGUGCUUUGCGGAUGACUUGCUUAUUUUUUGCAAGGGUACUCUAUCAGCUGUUAGGAGUGUUAAGAGGGUGCUUGAUGAUUUUGCAAUUGCUUCUGGUUUGAACAUUAAUACUGAUUGUGAGAUUUUCAUUCAGAAGUUUAGAUUGAGGAUUCAGAACUGGGCUAGUAGACACCUCUCCUUUGCUGGCCGGAUUCAACUUAUUAAUUCUGUUCUUCUCGGGCUUCGUAACUACUGGAUGUCUAUUUUUGUUUGGACCCAAAGUGUAGUCAAGGAAGUUGAAAGACUUUGUAGAGGGUUCCUAUGGGGAGUUUCUGGGCAGAGGAGCAAAUUACAUAUCCCGUCUUGGCAAAAAGCUAGCCUUCCCAAAGCUUAUGGUGGCUUGGGGUUUAGAGAUGGAUCUUUGUGGAACCGGUCUGUUCUGGCUAAGUAUAUUUGGGCCUUAUCUUCCAAACCAGACUUACUGUGGGUUAAAUGGAUUAAUUCCAUUUAUUUGAAAGAUAAGAACUUUUGGAACUAUGAUUUAAAGGGGGACUGUAGCUGGUACUGGCGGAAAUUGUGUCAUCUGAAAAAUUACUUCAGUUCUGCUGCCAUUUCAGCUGCUGGUAUGAAGGGAAAGUUCUUGUCUUCGAAGCUAUAUAAUAGUCUUCUGACUCAGCAAAAAGAUGAGUAUUUUCGGACUGUUUGGAGCAGAAUAAUCCUUCCUAAACACAGGUUUAUGCUGUGGCAACAACCAUUUACAGCAUAUGGGCCAACAAAAACAGAUGUUACUUUGAUGGUUACUCCUCCUCUAUUUGGAAUCUGGUUCAGGAAAUUAAAUUCACUACUAAACAUAGGCUUUACUUAG